GAGCUCGUGCCACCGACGGUCUGUUGUCAUCCGUAGCUUCACCAUCCUCACACAACAACACCAGUGAACCCGAAGCAGCGCACACAAUGGGGCUGUAAUGUUAAGACGCCUGGGAUCAGAGCAUCUCCUCGCAACCACAGACUGUGUAUGGAUUUAAUGAUGAUGAAGAAGAAGAAAUUCAAGUUCAGGGUGGAUUUUGAGCUGGAUGAGCUGUCGUCGGUCCCCGUCGUUAACGGCGUCCUUUUCUGUAAAGUCAGGCUGCUGGAUGGCGGCUUCUCCGAGGAGUCUUCAAGGGAGCCAGUACAGGCCAACUGCGUUCGAUGGAGGAAGCGCUUCUCUUUCCCGUGCAAGAUGAGCGCCAGUGCAGGGACAGGUGUACUGGACCCCUGCAUAUGCCGCGUGUCUGUGAGAAAGGAGCUGAAGGGCGGAAAGGCGUAUGCAAAGCUCGGUUUUGCAGACCUAAAUUUAGCAGAGUUUGCCGGCUCAGGAAACACAACUCGGAGGUGUCUUCUGGAAGGCUACGAUACCAAAAAUACUCGGCAGGAUAACUCUAUUCUCAAGGUUAUCAUCGGUACACAGCUCAUGUCAGGGGAUCCCUGUUUCAAAACGCCUCCUUCCACAGCCACAGUGAUUGGGAUCCAGAGUGAUGGAGAGAGCCUGCUGGAGGAGAGGAGGGGAGGAGACUCACAGAAAGGCUACUCUGGUGAAAGCCGAGAAGGGAAGUGUCCUGUUAUGUCAGACGAUCUGGGGGGCUGUGGCCACUCUCGAACAUCCAGCUAUGCCAGCCAGCAGUCCAAACUUUCAGGCUACAGCACAGGUCACUCCCGCUCGUCCAGCAUGUCGGAGUCCUGCCACCGGAGAAAUCACUCUGUGGGCAGUGCCUCAACAGGAAUCGGAAGUAUCCCAGAGCCGAGCGAGGAGCGAGAGUCCAAACCCUGUCCUGCUCUGCCCGAACACCCAGCUCCUGCAGCCACCGCAAGCAAUACACCGGGAACGCCAGUGCGGAGUGCCUCAUCCUGCGAGCGGCUGAACAGACAUCCUAUAAAACAGGACUCCAUGGAGUCUCAGCUAAAGAGAAUGGACGACACGAGGGUGGACGCCGAUGAUGUCGUGGAAAAGAUUUUACAAAGUCAAGAUUUUACGCCUAGCUUACUGGACUCCAGUGCUGAAGGAAUUAUACAGGAGGCUGUGGGUGCCUCUUGCACUGACUGUUACCACAUCUGUGUCUGCUUCAGAGGAAGGCCUGCGUCUGUUUGUUGGGCCAGGAGGAAGUACAGCCCUCGGAAGCCAUCAUCUUCCCACCAGGGUUGGUGCUGGAGCGUACGAGCAGGUGGUGAUUAAACGUUAGCGCUGUGAUGGAAUGAAGCGCAUCACACUUUUAAAAAAUGGUUUCCAUUGGUAUCUCAACUCCCACAGCACACACACCGUCCCUGAUCGGCACUGUCAAGCCGGAUCACUAAUUUUUGUCAAUAUAACUAGAGCGCCCCCUUCUGUUUAUUUGUGCCACAUAAAAUACUGUAAUUCCUCAGAUAAUAUAUUCAGCAGCAAGAAGUGGUGAGAUAUCAGUUCAGUAUAAAAACACACAGAGCUGUAGAUUAAGAAAUGUAAAUCAUUGUUUAACAAAUAACUCCAGCAAAUUAAAAGAUGCAUUUACUGUUUUAUAUUAUUUCAGUUUCCGGAGAAUCCUUUUACUCUGUUUGGGCGUAGGUAUUCCUUUAUGUUAAUGCAUUUAACAUGAACUCAGAUAUGUUUUCUGACUUGUAUGUUGAUGACAGGAGGUGGAGGUCCUGUGUGCACCUUCAAUGUGAGCUAAAAUGAAAAGUGUUUUCGAUACAUUCCUGUAGUCUGCUUGUUUGGGAUCCUUUAAAAUAGGAUGUCCUCUUGAAAUUUGCCUAUAAGCAGCUAAAAAGCUGAAGUUGGCACUGAUAACUGUGUUUUCAAGGCGAGAAUAUUUUACUACAGAAACAUGAUGUAAGCUAUUUUAUGUGUGAAUGUGGACUAUGAGUGGGUGAGUAUGUGUGGGAGCACGUUUGUUGAUAGUGGCUGUGCUCCUCUUGAAUGAAUGAAUGAAUGAAUGAAGGGAUUGUAAGUAAUCCUACGUUGAGACUGGCAGGGGAGCAUAACUCGGUUUGUUUACUAAACUAGAUGUUUUCUUUUUUAAGAAUAAACAGCUUGUCUACUUGAUUUUUAGGUAACUUUUAUAGCCAUAAACCCCCUGGUCAGAAAUUGAACAGCCUAAUUUACAUUCCAAUUAUCUCCAAUUAGCAACUCAUUAAUUACAUUUUCCCACUUUACCUCAUUAAAUGAAAUUGUAGCUAAACCGUGUGAGAAUUAAGAGCCAAGGCUAAAAAGAUGUGCAUCUUUACUUAACAGCUGAGCUGCAUUAAUCCACGUUGGCAGGAAAUGACAUUAGUAAGGAAGUUAAAGUUCAUGUUUGACUGAUUUAACCGUUCGACUCUUGUGAAUCAGAUGCAUAUCCUGCAGUUUGCUUCUAAACAAGCUGAAGAGCAAAAAAAAAAAAAACUAGUUAAGUGAUCCACUGCCAAGACGAAAAUGCUUUAUGUCACCUGCAGUUAUGUGCAAACAGGUACAUAUUAGGAAAUUUAAAUAUGAUAAAAAUUUGCAUUUAUUUAAGUAACUUAGUACAGUGAAAAGUCAUUUGGGUCCAUUACAUAAAUGUUAGAUGUUUUACGUGUCUACAGCUAUUGAAAACCCAAAAUUCAGUUUCUAAUGAAAUUAAAGUAUUCUUUAAAACCAAUAAACAGGAUUUUAAAUAAAUGUUAUGGUCCCUACAGUCAUUGUGAAAACAGCUAACCUGUCAGUAAGUGAUGCCCUCAACAUGGAGGGUAAGCCAUAAAAGCUAGUUGUUAAAGAAGCUUUUCAGGGUGCUAUAUCCAAGCAUUUGUUUGAGAAGUUGAGUGGAAGGAAAAAGUGUGGUAGAAAACUGCACAAGCAAUAAAGAUAACUGCAGGCCUGAGAGGAUUGUGAAGCAAAGCCCCUAUAAGAAGUUGGGGGGAAAUUGCGACGUGAGGAGGUGGUGCUUCAGGAGAUACCACACAGAUAUGUACCCAGGACAUUCCUAGUGUUAAGCCACUCCUGAACCAGAGACAAAAUUAGAAGCAUCUGGGCUAAGGGGGAAAAGGACUAGAGGGUUGCUCAGUGGUCAAAGUCAUCAUUUCAGAUUGUAGUGAAGUCUGUCUUUCAUUUGGAAGGCAAGGUCCCAGAAUCCGAAGAGUGGAGACAUUUUCUGCAACAAUGAAUUUUGGGUUUUUAGCACCGGUGAGUCUUAAAUCAUCAAAAUUAACAAAUGUACAUUUGAAAAAUAUCAAUUAGAAUCUACUCAAGUUUCAAAUUUUUACAGAAAAAAAUUUGAAUUAUAUUUUAAUUUAUUAAACUGCACCAGUACAUCAACGUUUUAUACCAAAGGUUAGAACCAAGAAAAACUGCAGGGAAUUAUAUUUAAUGAGUGAAUCUGUGAUGUGCAUUUGGACAGUUUUCAUUUUCAACCCUGUUUUCCGUUCAGUGUUACAGAAGUAGCGAAAUGACUCAACCCAUUAUUAACGGGUCUGAACCAGGCGUAGAAACUAGUGAAAACAGGCUUUGCAGAAUAUUGGUCUCCCUUCAUAAGAGAUUGUAAAUGGUAGAAUAAAAGCCUCCACUAGUGAAACUCAUUACAUUCAUAUCUGCACAAGUCUUUGGCGUUUUAACCAUGUCCUUUUAUGACGCAUGAUUAGAAUCUACACAGCUUUGUCAGAUUUUCCCAUUACAUUUGUCAAAGCUAGGCUCAUUUUAAUGUCUUGUUUUAUAUUGUGCCAUCCAUCUCCCAUGUUCUAGGAAUAAUUUUGUUUACCUGUUUAUAAUCCAAGAUGUUAUUUUCUUUCCAUUAUAUGCAGAUAUCUGCACAAGUGUUGAAUCAAGUAAUUGACCAUCUUUUUUAAAUGUGUUUUUGAUCUGAAGCCCAAUGUUAAAAAAAGUCACCGUCUUUGUUUUGUAUUUUUUGUUGCUGUCGUAACAUAUUUUUAAUAAAUGUCUGAAAAGAAGGCGUCUUUUUAAUAAACAGUUUAGUAUUAAGUGUAUAAUCUCUGGCUCCCAGAUGUCUUGGUUGGAAGGUUUUGUCUUUUUAUUUGGAAUAAAACGUGUUUACCUGUGUCACACAGGGCUGUUGAUCUUGGUAUCUAACAUGUUACAAACAUGGUUGCCUUUUCUCUUCUGUGAAGCUCUUGUCAAAUUAAAAACUGUAAACUAAUCUCUUGUAAAGUGAUGUUCUGACACUGUUGAGUGUUCUGUUAUGGACGUGUUUUUUGACAAACUGCUUCCCUAACGACUGUAUUGAACGGCAAAAUGUCUGCCCAACACUGUUGAAUAAAACAGUCUAAAUGCUG